AACAGAGCAUUUCCCCUUUCGUCUUCUUCAUCGUCUUCGCCAAGACCUUCUCUCUCUCUCUCUUCUCCGUUUCUGCAUCCAUUAGAUCGCAGGAAUUUUUGGGUUCCUGGGAUUGUGAGAAUCUAGCUGGGAUAAGAUCGAAUAUUGGCGAUUUUCUUAUUGUUGUUUCGAUGGAUUGCUGAGGCAGCCGGAGUUAGACGAACCAGAUACAAACAAUGUUGUGCUGUGGAGGCGCCGAUGAGGAAAACUAUGGCCAAACUCCGAAUCAAUCUACGGCCCCGCCCAGAGCAGGCAAUACAAAUGCAGCCGCAGAGAGAGGGGAGCCCAGACCUUCCAACAUGGCCGCCAGAGGCGGAGCCCCACAGAAAGCCUUGCCCAUCGAAACACCGGCAAUGUCCCUCGACGAGCUGAACAGACUGACAGGGAAUUUUGGGCAGAAGUCCCUGAUAGGAGAAGGCUCCUAUGGGCGGGUGUUCCUGGCCAAGUUGAGCAGCGGUGAGCAAGCGGCUAUUAAGAAGUUAGACACCAGCGCUUCUCAAGAACCCGACUCCGAUUUCACAGCCCAGCUGUCAGUAGUUUCGAGACUCAAGCAUGAGAACUUUGUGGAGUUGAUGGGGUAUUGCUUGGAGGCUAAUAACCGAAUCUUGGUAUACCAGUUCGCAACCAAGGGCUCGUUACAUGAUAUAUUGCACGGUAGGAAAGGAGUGCAAGGAGCCGAGCCAGGUCCGGUUCUUAGUUGGAAUCAGAGAGUUAAGAUAGCUUAUGGGGCGGCUCGAGGCCUCGAGUACCUGCACGAGAAAGUUCAACCACCAAUCGUUCAUCGGGAUGUGAGAUCGAGCAACGUGCUAAUCUUUGAUGAUUUCCUAGCAAAGAUUGCCGAUUUUAACUUGUCGAAUCAGUCCUCAGACACUGCAGCAAGGCUGCAUUCUACAAGAGUCUUGGGAACUUUCGGAUACCAUGCUCCGGAGUAUGCCAUGACGGGACAAAUUACACAGAAGAGUGAUGUUUACAGUUUCGGGGUCGUCCUUUUGGAGCUCCUCACUGGUAGAAAGCCCGUAGACCAUACGAUGCCGAAGGGGCAGCAGAGUCUUGUUACUUGGGCAACUCCAAGGCUGAGCGAGGACAAAGUGAAACAAUGUGUCGAUCCGAAGCUAAACAACGAUUACCCGCCAAAAGCAAUUGCCAAGCUAGCAGCAGUGGCGGCACUCUGCGUCCAGUAUGAGGCCGACUUCAGGCCUAACAUGACGAUCGUCGUGAAAGCUCUGCAGCCCCUCCUGAACUCGAAACCAGGAGGAGCAGAAUCUCAAACUUAGCGUCAUUCACCUUUGUUCGAAUUCAAAAAAGGACGAUUGAUUGUUCCUGAGAUUGUAUUCUACAGCUUGCAGCUCAUCGUUUCUUUCUUGUACUUCUAUUUUUUAUUUUCCUCCUUCGCGUAACGGCUAGGACAUUAUUCAUUACGGUGAGCUGUUAUUUUAAGACGUUUUGUAGAAUGAAUCCCGCGAGAAAAACAUAUGAACGGAACAUGUUAUGAGGAUGUUCUUCGGAGUUGCUCCAGUAAUAGGUCGAACUCUUGGGUCGAGCGCUGUGUAAUUUAAUUGAUGUGUAUCUCCGAAGUUUAAAUCGUUAU